CUGACCCCUGCAAACCUGUAAAGAGGAAACUUGUGGGCCAGCCACCUAGUUCUGCCUGUGUUAUAAGUAAGGAGGAACUGCUUAUGAGAAGAUGAAGCCCCUGUCCCUGUUAAUAGAGAUAUUGAUCAUUCUUGGGGUCAUAAUUAAAAAUAUCGAAGCAGAAAAGCAUACUAAAAAGCAAAAGGAAAGAAAUGUCACCACACAGGUAUCAGUUAACGAAGUCAAGCGACUUUUAUCACAUAUAUUGGAACGAAGAAAAUUGAUUAAAGUAAUCUAUCAAAGAGAAAAUGCCUUAGGAAAAAAGAAGAUUCAACGUAAAUUAAGAAUAAGAGGAAUUCAAAAUAAAGAUCUCUCAAAAAGAAAUAAAAAUCAUUUAAGAAAGCAAGCAAAGAAAAAUUUCACAGAUGAAGGAGACCAGCUGUUUAAGAUGGGCAUCAAGAUUCUCCAGCAGUCUAAAAGCCAAAAACAAAAAGCAGAAGCCUAUGUAUUCUUUGCCAAAGCAGCUAACAUGGGAAACUUGAAAGCUAUGGAGAAAAUGGCCGAUGCUUUGCUAUUUGGAAAAUUUGGUAUGCAAAACAUAACAGCAGCUAUCCAAUUAUAUGAGUCCUUGGCUAAAGAAGGAUCAUAUAAAGCCCAAAACGCAUUAGGAUUUUUGUCUUCUUAUGGAAUAGGAAUGGAAUACAAUCAAGCCAAGGCACUGAUAUAUUACACCUUUGGAAGUGCUGGAGGAAGCAUGAUGUCCCAAAUGAUUUUGGGGUACAGAUAUUUGUCAGGAAUCAAUGUUCUACAGAAUUGUGAAGUUGCCCUAAAUCAUUACAAGAAGGUAGCAGAUUACAUUGCUGACAAAUUGGAAAAAAGUGAAAGUAUUCCAGUGGAAAAAGUGAGACUGACUGAGAGACCUGAAAAUCUGAGUUCUAACAGUGAGAUUUUAGAUUGGGACAUAUACCAAUACUAUAAAUUUUUGGCAGAAAGAGGAGAUGUGCAGAUACAGGUUUCUCUUGGACAAUUACAUCUAAUUGGGAGGAAAGGUCUGGAUCAGGAUUAUUAUAAAGCAUUAUACUACUUCUUAAAGGCAGCAAAGGCUGGGAGUGCAAAUGCCAUGGCAUUUAUAGGAAAGAUGUAUUUAGAGGGGAACGCUGCAGCCCCACAAAAUAACGCAACUGCCUUCAAAUACUUUUCCAUGGCAGCCAGUAAGGGCAAUGCAAUUGGUCUUCAUGGGCUUGGUCUUCUUUACUUUUAUGGGAAAGGAGUUCCUGUGAAUUAUGCUGAAGCACUUAAAUACUUUCAGAAAGCUGCAGAGAAAGGAUGGCCCAACGCACAGUUUCAGUUAGGCUUCAUGUACUACUCUGGCUCUGGAGUAUGGAAGGAUUAUAAACUUGCCUUCAAAUAUUUUUACUUGGCAUCUCAGAGUGGGCAGCCCCUCGCCAUUUAUUAUCUGGCCGAGAUGUACGCAACAGGAACAGGAGUGUUAAGAUCGUGCAGAACUGCUGUGGAGCUUUAUAAAGGUGUCUGUGAACUAGGCCACUGGGCUGAGAAAUUCCUGACAGCAUACUUUGCCUAUAAGGAUGGUGAUAUAGAUUCUUCUCUUGUUCAGUAUGCACUGCUUGCAGAAAUGGGGUAUGAAGUAGCUCAAAGCAAUUCAGCAUUCAUUUUGGAAUCUAAAAAGGUUAAAAUUCUUGAAAAAGAGAAGAUGUAUCCAAUGGCACUUCUCCUAUGGAAUCGAGCUGCCAUUCAAGGCAAUGCAUUCGCUAGAGUAAAAAUUGGAGAUUACCAUUACUAUGGCUACGGGACUAAGAAGGACUAUCAAACAGCAGCCACACAUUACAGCAUUGCAGCCGACAAAUACCACAGCGCUCAAGCCAUGUUUAAUCUGGCCUAUAUGUAUGAACAUGGCUUAGGUAUCGCAAAGCCUGGGGGCAAGGAUGACACAGGGUCAACUGUGCACCAGAGAGGACAUUGCCUACCAGAGCCCAGAUGGCCCACUGUAUCAGAAGGUCUGGUUUUCUUCCUUGGAGUCACCGCUAGCCUCUCUCCCAGUCACUUUCUUCACUAUGUCAAGCAGCAGCUGUCAAGACAUACAUUUCAUACAUUUAGAAGAAACUUUGUAAUUUGUCUCUGGACACAUUUCUGUUCCUUCCUAUUCAGGUCCUGUUAAAUCACAGGUAGUGAGUUCAUUUUGAUCCUUUCUCACAGUCACAGGUGUAUUUUUUCCUAUAGAAAGUCUCUACACAUAAAAAAUUGUAAACAAAAAAUAAGAAACAGAGCUGAACUUAGAUCCGGACAGAGGAAUUUUAGGUUUAGUUGGUGAGGAGCCAUUUCUCUUUUGUCUUUAUUAAUUUCUUCUGUUUUGCAAUUCGAAAAAUAAUAACCAAGUAUCCAGGGGCAAACUUUAUUAAUCUUGCCAUCUCAUAGUCAAAUUAACAAGGAGAUACCUUUUCUAAUCCUUAAAAUGAAUAUUCUGAUAAUUAAAAAGCUGAAGCUUGUUCGAGCGAUGGUUAAUGAAAGCAAAGCAAUUAGAACAGACUUUCACAGCAUUUAAGUCAUCAAGUAAUUAAGCAUUUCUUCAGCAGGGCACUUCACAAUCCUCUUUAUUAGUUAGUCCUCAUGCAAACCAGCAGGAAAGAUAAGUAUAAUAUCAUUACCAGGAUUUCUCUGAGAACCGAAAAAGGGUUUGUAAACCAAAACUCUCUGGGAGAAGGAAGUGACGUAUAAAUCAACCUGUGGUAAAUCAGUAUAAAAAUAUGGGUCA